GAUCUCUUUCCGGUUAGCCUGGGGGUGUCCGCGUGAGAACAGGAGAUUUCCUGCUGCCGGGGCUGGGAGGUGCUAGUCCGCCGCGCCUGAUUCGAGACGUGUCUGGGCUGAGAAACUAGAAUGUCGGACACGUGGAGCUCUAUCCAAGCCCACAAAAAGCAGCUGGACUCGCUGCGAGAGAGGCUGCAGCGGAGGCGGAAGCAGGACUCGGGGCAUUUGGAUCUACGAAAUCCAGAGGCAGCACUGUCUCCCACCUUCCGUAGUGACAGUCCAGUGCCUGCUGCACCCACUUCUGGUGGCCCUAAGCCCAGUACAGCUUCAGCAGUUCCUGAACUAGCUACAGACCCUGAAUUAGAGAAGAAAUUGCUGCACCACCUCUCUGAUCUGGCCUUAACAUUGCCCACUGAUGCUGUGUCCAUCCGUCUUGCCAUCUCCACGCCAGAUGCCCCUGCCACUCAAGAUGGGGUGGAAAGCCUACUACAGAAGUUUGCAGCUCAGGAGUUGAUUGAGGUAAAACGAGGUCUCUUACAAGAUGAUGCACAUCCCACUCUUGUGACCUAUGCUGAUCAUUCCAAGCUCUCUGCCAUGAUGGGCGCUGUGGCAGAAAAGAAGGGCCCUGGGGAAAUAGCAGGAACUAUCACAGGGCAGAAGCGGCGUGCAGAGCAGGACUCAACCACGGUAGCUGCUUUUGCCAGCUCUUUGGCCUCUGGUCUGGCCUCUUCAGCAUCAGAAGCAACCAAGGAGCCAGCCAAGAAAUCAAGGAAACAUGCUGCCUCAGAUGUUGAUCUGGAGAUAGAGAGCCUUCUGAACCAACAGUCUACUAAGGAACAACAGAGCAAGAAGGUCAGUCAGGAGAUCCUCGAGUUAUUAAAUACAACAACAGCGAAGGAACAAUCCAUUGUUGAAAAGUUUCGCUCACGAGGUCGGGCCCAAGUACAAGAGUUUUGUGACUAUGGAACAAAGGAGGAGUGCAUGAAAGCCAGUGAUGCUGAUCGGCCCUGUCGCAAGCUGCACUUCAGACGAAUCAUCAAUAAACACACUGAUGAAUCAUUAGGUGACUGCUCUUUCCUUAACACGUGUUUCCACAUGGAUACCUGCAAAUACGUUCACUAUGAAAUUGAUGCUUGCAUGGAUUCUGAGGCUCCUGGGAGCAAAGACCAUACACCUAGCCAGGAGCUUGCUCUUACACAGAGUGUCGGAGGUGACUCGAAUGCAGAUCGACUCUUCCCUCCUCAGUGGAUCUGUUGUGAUAUCCGCUACCUGGACGUCAGUAUCUUGGGCAAGUUUGCAGUUGUGAUGGCUGACCCACCCUGGGAUAUUCACAUGGAGCUGCCCUAUGGGACCCUGACAGAUGAUGAGAUGCGCAGGCUCAACAUACCAGUACUUCAGGAUGAUGGCUUUCUCUUCCUCUGGGUCACAGGCAGGGCCAUGGAGUUGGGCAGAGAAUGUCUGAACCUCUGGGGUUAUGAACGGGUAGAUGAAAUUAUCUGGGUGAAGACAAAUCAACUGCAACGCAUCAUCCGGACAGGCCGUACGGGUCACUGGUUGAACCAUGGGAAAGAACACUGCUUGGUUGGUGUCAAAGGAAAUCCCCAAGGCUUCAACCAGGGUCUGGAUUGUGAUGUGAUCGUAGCUGAGGUUCGUUCUACCAGUCAUAAACCAGAUGAAAUCUAUGGCAUGAUUGAGAGACUAUCCCCUGGCACUCGCAAGAUUGAGUUGUUUGGACGACCACACAACGUGCAGCCCAAUUGGAUCACCCUUGGAAACCAACUGGAUGGGAUCCACCUACUAGAUCCAGAUGUGGUUGCCAGAUUCAAGCAAAGGUAUCCAGAUGGUAUCAUCUCUAAACCUAAAAAUCUAUAGACGCACUUCUUACAGAGCUGAGCAUCUACAGCCAUGGCUCUGCAGGCUGUACCUGAAGAGUAAUAUUUGUACAAUAGCUUUUUUCCUUAUUUAAAUAAAAGUUUGUAUUGUAGUUGGGAUUUCAAGGUCAAAAUCUGGCUCUUCAACUCAACAGUGUGUGAUCUUGUGUAACUUACCUCAGUAUUAUAAGUAAGCUGGGAAUACUACCUACCUCACUGGGUUGUUGUAAGGGUUCAAACUAAAUCAACGUAUGGAUAGAAAGCAUUAAAAUGUUGAUUAUACUGCAUAGGAUCAAAGUGAUUAGCAGUUAGUACUUCGUGAACAUCGUAAUCAAGAAGGGGGUUCUCUGGGACAGCAUUUCUCAAGGUAAGAUUUGAUUUUACUUAAGGUUAUCAUUACCAGGGCCUUCAUGCUCUAAACAUGUUUAUUCUGUUAUGACUAUGGCUUUGCUCGUCCUUUUUUUUUUUUUUUUUUUUAGCUUAUUUCCAAG